AGAAGGAGAUGCCCACAGCAGCACUGGGGACACGGCUUUAGACAAGACGGAGAGGCAGGCAGACUCACAGGCAGCAGCAGCCAUGGGUGAGUGGGGGUUCUUGAGCUCUCUUCUGGAUGCUGUGCAGGAGCACUCGCCCAUGGUGGGCCGCUUCUGGCUGGUGGUGAUGCUCAUCUUCCGCAUCCUGAUCCUCGCCACAGUAGGCAGCGACGUCUUUGACGAUGAGCAGGAGGAGUUUGAGUGCAACACGAAGCAAGUUGGGUGCAAGCAGAUUUGCUAUGACUUGGCCUUCCCCAUCUCUCAUUACCGCUUCUGGGUUUUCCAUAUUGUGGUGCUUUCUGCUCCGGCUGUCCUCUUUGUCAUAUAUUCCAUGCACCAAACCACAAAGAUAAAUCGCAGCCUGAAGGAAACAGAAGCAGAAGAGGAGGAAGCCAACCGGACCAGGCGAAGGUCCCAGGUACAAUAUGGUCUCCAGACCAGCCAACGAGCCCAAAACAUCAAGACAUUCUACAUAGUCAAUGUGGUUGUGAGGAUCUUGGCUGAAAUUGGCUUUCUGGUUGGACAGUGGAUGCUGUAUGGAUUCCAAGUGGGAUAUCAGUACAUCUGUGAGCAUCGCAUGUGCCCUCACCUCAUUGACUGCUUUGUCUCUCGCCCAACUGAGAAGACCAUCUUCAUCCAGUUCUAUUUCAUGGUGGGGCUUGUUUCAGCUCUCCUCAGCUUGGUGGAGCUGGCUCACCUUUUGUGCAAGAACCGAUGCCGGAGAUGCCGCACCAUUGCCCCUCCUCCUACCGCGGCAUCAUUUGAACAGCAGGACAAUUGGUCCAAUCAGAAGCAAGAGAAAUCUCAGCAUUUCUUGGCCCCAGCAGAUGGGGGCCCCAAUGGGACACCAUCCCAUGGCCAGAUUCCCAACCACUAUGAACCCAAGGCCACCUUCCAUCAUAAAAGCUCCACCAAAAGUAGCCGGUCGUCUCGCUCUUCCACCAGAGCUGACUUGACAGUGUAAGACCUAGGACUGCCAGUGAUCUCCCUGACUUAUUGUCCCCUGGAUGAGCUGGAUUCCUCUGGGGCUGGAAUAAUGGACUCUGCCUGUUCUUAGCCAUUGGUCUACUUGCACAGGCCUGGUAUCCGAAGGUCUCUGCUUGCUUGUGAUGGGAUUUUCUCCCACAGUAUUUGCAGACCAUACUUCUUUUCUUCCAUACAAGUGGAGUCUCCCAUAUCUGGAAUUCUUAAAUCCGAAAUACUCCAAAAACCAAACACUGUCCCCAUGACUGAGAUAUUGACACUUUUGCUUUCUGAUGGUUCAGUGUAUACAGACUUUG